AUGCGACAAAGAAUCCUUGACAUGGAUAUCAGAAACGAAAUGUACAUUUACCUCAAAAGAGCAAGUGAAUCCUACACUAAUGUGGUUGCCUACAUUUCUGCACAGUUUAACCAACUGACAGUUGAGAUCAGAAAACUUGCCAAUGAUAAGGAGAUCAUCACCCAAAUCAAGCAAACUGUAGAUGGAGUUCUUGUUGCACUGAGAACAGCUGAGAUUAAAGUUUCCACUUUUACUAUACCUCUCACUGACCUUAUCAUUCCAGCAUUUACAAUCAACCUGAAAAAACUGCAAGAGAUCAGCAUCCCAGCUCAAAUUUCAGUCCCUGAGUUCACCGUCCUCAACACCUACACAAUUUCUGCCUUCACCAUUGACUUUGAUGAGAUCAAAGCAAACAUACUUUAUAUCAUAGACAACAUCAGGGAAUUUGAGAUCGAACUUCAUGACCCUGGGGAAAUCUUUGGUGACCUCAAAUUUCUCUACCUACCUGAAAUACCAGAUCUCACCUUACCGGAAAUAAGUCUUUCAGAAAUAACAUUUUCAGCCUUCAUCCUCCCCAAGUUAAAUUAUAAUGAUUUUAAAAUCAAAAUGCUCCCAAUUCCAGUGUUCACAUUACCUGAGGUUCGAAGUGACAUUUGUAUCCCAAUCUUUGGCAAACUUCAUGGAGAAUUUACAGUGAACUCCUCACAGUACACUCUUCACACUACAGGGAAGAUUGAGAACUCAACAUCCACACCAAAAAACCCACAGUUUACAGCCACUCUUACCUCUUUUGCCAAAUCACCCAUUGGGCCCCUUGAAUACACAUAUGAAGCCACUGCACAAUUGGAAGCUCCUAGAAUGAAGAAGUUGCUUUUCACAGAAACCGUGAAAGCCACACAUGUCGCCUUCUCAAUAGAUCAUGGAGUAUCCAUGACACUCACUGGCUCUUCCGCAGAGGCUUCUGCUAAGACCACUGCCAAGGCUACAACCCAAAUCUACACUGCAAACCUGGUCAACAAUAUGAAACUUACAUUAAAGAAUGGUAUCUUUGCAGUAAUAGACACAAACUACGACCACAGCGUUGACAACCCAUCAAUUGAAACUUCAAAUCAGGCAUCGGUGAAACAUAAUAUAACAGCCAGCCUGGAUUCAGGUAGAAUAAGUUUGACUGGUGAAACUACUGGUAAUGGAAAGUGGUCCAUUCAAGACUAUUUUGAUGAAGGUACAUACAAUAGCAAUGCUGAAUUCAACAUCAAUUUUAGCACUGCCAAAUUUACUUUUGCAGGAGAAACAGACUGUAAGGCCAUGAAAUUGAAGCAAAUGCUGACCGCUGAAUCCGUGAUGUUAAACCAUGUCACUGUUUUAGCAAAAUGGGAAACUGAAGUACCAUCUGUCAAGAACAGUGUUAUGAUUUUAAAUGCAGAGGCUAAUAUUUCGGACUUAAAAAUUGCGGUGAUAGCCUCUCAUAAUGCUGAAUUAACUGGAAGCCUGACUGGAUUCAUUGCCAACUCUCUGGAAUUCAUGGUCCAUCCAUUUGAAAUUGUGCUUGAUGUCAAGAAUAAAGUAAACUCCAAGAUGAUAUUCCCAUUAAAACUUACUGGUAAAGUGGAUCUCCAGCAGGAUUAUAGUGUUGUACUAAAUUCUGAAAAGCAGCAUGCUUGUUGUUUUACUUUGGCAAGAUUUAACCAGUACAAAUACAAUCACAACUUUACAGCAGAAAACAAUGACCUUGACAUCUUCUUUCACUCAUACGCUAAUGGAGAGGCUAAUUUUGACUUUUUGACAGUUCCUCUAACUAUCCCAGAGAUAACCGUACCCUAUCUCAAUAUUAAUAUUCCUGAGGUCAAAGAGCUCUCUCUGUGGGAAAAUGCUGGAUUUACAACCUUGCUCACCAAUCCUCAACAGUCAUUCGAUAUCAACCUGAAAAUGCAUUACUACAAGAACCCAGAUACACACAUCUUUGAAUUACACCUUGAACCAAUUUACAAUGUAAUUAUAGACAACGCCGACUUUAUCCAGGCUUAUUUUGAACAAUACAUUGCUGCACGGUUCAGCACUUCUUCAACAUCUGUGUUUGACAUUUUAAAUGGAAAAAUGUAUGGCACCACCAGUUUGGCAAAGAAUAGAGGAAUACAACUGGUCACCACUGUGUACCUAGAACAUAAACAUGUAGAAGCAAACCACAAAUGUGAUGUUAGUCUCACCGAAAGGAGCUUGGAAGCUUCUCUAGUAAACACUGCAAAAAUCAAUCUACCCUUCUUAAAUCUAAAGUUCGAGACCUCCACAGAAGGGAAGUCAGAUAUAACACUAAUGGACAGUUGUAACUUUGAUGGAGAGCUAGAAAAUGUGGCCAGUUUUUACCUUAAUGCCAAUAACCUACGAUCAACGGUUAGGACGGUCUUAAACUCAAACAUUGACAAACAGGAGAAACUAAAACGAAGCACAUGCAAUAAAGUCUUCCAGUUUGAUGUAAAUAAUAACAUGGCCCUUGAGGUCUCAUUACGGCGAAUGUUUGCAACAGUUGAUCACACCAGCAAUAAUAAUAUUGAUAUUGCAUCUUUCAACACUAAUGGAAAGCACAUUGUUAUAGGAGAACUAGAUGUUGUUCCUCUAACAACUUUCAAGACUACAUUAAACAUUGAUGCAAGUCAGCCAAGUAGCUUGGGUAAUACUGGACUCUUUCAGAGCAUCAACCUUGCUAUCAGCUCGGGCAAACAGACUUUCGCUUGGAGUGGUAAGGAGCAGCUGGCAUCCAUCAUCCAUGCUUAUGAUUUACUCAUUUCCAAUGAUGAAUCCGAAAUGGAUGGGCCCGUGGCUGGAUCAGUACUGGGCUCAGAGCUCCACUUCGACUCAGACCACAGCAACAUGGAGGUGGGGUUCUAG